CCACCAUCGACGAUAUCUAUUAUCGAUAAGCUUGCCAAAGAAAAAAGUUCACUUUGCGACCUCAAUCGCAAACUUGAACUACUUCAAUUCAUUUUUCCGACCUUGGCAUCAUCGACAAACAAUGGCUGCCGUGUAUAAGUCCUUAUCAAAGGGCACCAACGGCCAAAAGGCCGAGGCACCUGCCAAUGGCGUCCGAAAAAAUAAGCAAAGGGUCUUGAUAUUGUCGUCUAGAGGCGUGACUUAUAGGCAUAGACAUUUACUAAAUGAUCUUGCGGCUAUGCUCCCGCACGGCCGCAAGGACGCGAAGUUCGACUCGAAAUCAAAGCUUUUCCAACUUAACGAACUCGCUGAGCUGUACAACUGCAACAAUGUCCUUUUCUUCGAGGCGCGCAAGGGUCAAGAUUUAUACGUCUGGCUAGGCAAAGUUCCCAAUGGGCCGACAGUCAAGAUGCACCUACAGAACUUGCAUACGAUGGAAGAAUUACACUUCACGGGCAAUUGCCUAAAAGGAUCGAGACCUAUUCUAUCCUUCGAUGCCGCUUUCGACAAGGAGCCUUACUUGCAAGUCAUCAAGGAGCUUUUCCUUCAUUCCUUCGGCGUACCUCAAGGCGCAAGAAAAUCCAAGCCCUUUAUAGAUCACGUCAUGGGGUUCACUUUUGCGGAUGGGAAGAUAUGGGUACGAAAUUAUCAGAUCAAUGAGUCGGAACCUUCUAAAGCGAAAGGCGAGGGCGAUGAGGCAGAAGUUCAAUCGAAGUCUAAGAGUCGCAACAAGGAACUCGACGUCAGCUUGGUUGAGAUCGGACCGCGGUUCGUCCUAACACCUAUCGUUAUACAAGAAGGAUCUUUUGGAGGGCCGAUCAUUUACGAGAAUAAGGAGUUCGUCUCACCGAACCAGGUCAGAGCUGAUUUACGGAGGAGAACGGCUACGAAACAUAAUGCCCGUGCUGAGCAAUUCACGGAGAGGCUCGCGAAAACUGGUGAUCUGGGCUUGCGGACGAAUGGCGGAAGACCGGCGCCAGUGGAUGCGCUUGACACCAAAGAGCUAUUCGCUUGAGUGGUAUAUUCUGCUACCUAGAUUGGCGUUCUGGCGUUUGCGAUAACACCCUGGGAUCUGUAACAAUUCUCUAUUAGAUGCAAUACUCAUACACUAAGUUACCAAGUACUCUUUAAAAUUGAUCUAAAAUCGAC